AAUAGGUAUGCUGUUCAGCUUGUAAGUCAAGGACUUUCAUCAAUGUCUUCGACCAGCAAUGGACACUACGAAAGACAGAACCGAUGAUAACCCUCUGGUCGAGAGCAGUUUCUCGGUUGAUGAUACAUCGCCAAAGCCAAUCCCAAAUGGCGGUUUGCUCGCGUGGCUGCAAGUCGCAGGCUCGUUUUGCCUCUACUUUUGCACCUGGGGCCUCAUAGCAAGCUUUGGAAGCUUCCAAACCAUCUAUGAGCGAGAUCAGCUUUCAACUCACACGCCAUUUCAGAUCUCAGUUAUUGGUUCUCUACAGACGUUUCUGAUGGUAUUCUCAGGCUUCAUAGUUGGUCCAAUUUAUGACUCUGGUUACUUUCGACACCUUCUGGCAGUUGGGUCUACCUUCAUUGUCACCGGCACUGUACUUCAAAGCCUGAGUCAAAAGUAUUGGCAGUAUCUUCUCACUCAAGGCCUUAUGAUUGGCAUUGGCGCCGGUUGUCUAUCGAUCUUGAGUGUUGCCAUCACUUCACUAUGGUUCACUACAAAAUUGCCCUUGGUCAACGGACUUGCAGCUUGCGGUAGUGGACUCGGAGGUGUUCUUCUCCCCAUCAUGAUUCGGGAGCUCAACGCACAGACAAGCUUGCCAUGGGCAACGAGGGCUAUGGCUUUGUUACUGUUGGCUCUGCUCCUGUUUUCCAACGUCGUGCUUCGACCGGGGCCAAAUCCCAACGGACCAUCCCAACGAAGGCAACUUCUUGACAAGACAGCUUUCACUGACUGGCCUUACGUUCUUUUCGUGGCUGGGUGUUUUUCUGUCUUCUUGGGAAUGUACACACCAUUCGUCUACGUACAAAGCUACGCCCUAGACAACAACAUUGCGUCUGAUCUCUCUGGGAAUAUGCUUGCUAUUCUCAACAGCAGCUCAAUCUUUGGCCGUAUCCUCCCUGCUUUUCUCGCUCAGAGCCUCGGGCCUAUGAACACUAUUAUUAGUGCAGCAGUCUUUCUUGCCACGACAAGCUUGUGUCUCAUCUCAGCAACUACAACUCCACGACUGCUUGUUACCGUCAUCAGCCAGGGCUUCUUCACGGGGUCCUUCUUCGCGCUUCAGCCGACCAUCUUUGUCAGACUAACUAGUGAUCCUCGAAGAAUCGGGACAAGAUUUGGUAUGGCCUUCUCGGUCAUGUCUGUCGCGCUGUUAUUCGGUCCGCCUGUUGGAGGGGCAUUGCGAAGGAGUAUGGGGUAUACGGCUGCUUGGGUCUGGGCUGGGCUGACUAUUUUCAUCGGAGGCAUUUUGAUCCUGUGCAGUAGAUUGCUGAAGGAUAAAAAGUCUUUGAUAGUCUGAUCUCUAGACUGAGAACCUGUUCUGUAAGCUUCAUGUGCACAAACUGCCCAAGGCAAGCUGAACAGAUGAAAUACCAUUGCCAAUACAAUCAAAUUUAUUGGAUAAGUUACAAAUAUUGACAACCCUAUACAUGCCACUGUU